GUUUUUCACCAACAGUGUCGUCAUUUCCUGUAGUCGGCUACAGAGAUGCCUGCGAAAUUCGGGUAAGCAGGCCACGUUUUGGUGAAUGAUGUGUUGUUAGUAUUUGUUCUCGGUCUGGGUCAAGGUAACGUUAACAACCUUGUGAGUGAGUUUAUUAACCGCUAACGUCGAGAAAAGCAAAGUUGAAGUCGAACUGUUUCCUGCGUCACUUCGGUUGAACCAGAGACUAUUUGUGACCCGCCAAAAGCUCCAGUGGCUUUAGAGAGGAAGUGACCAUUUUAAACGUUUGCUGUUUUCGGUAUUGUUACAUCUAUCCAGCCGGGAAAGGAAAUGAGUGGAGGAUUUAACUUCGGGCAACCCUCCUCGGGCUUUGCUUUCGGAGCUCAGAACACCACCGCCGCUGCCCCCAGCUCGGGCUUCGGGCUUACAAGUUCCACACCUGCAGCCACCGGAGGGGGCUUCAGCUUUGGCGCUGCCCCUCAGGCCACCACCAACCCCACCGGCUCUUUUAGCUUUGGCACUCCAGCAAAGAGCACACCAGCCGGCGGAGGCUUUUCUUUUGGGACCCCCACCAGUACAUUCGGCAUGGGUAUGACUCCUCAAACCACAGCAGCUACAGGACUGACUCUGGGCUCCACAGCAGCUCCAGCUGGGUUUACCUUAGGUACGGCUAUGUCUGCCCAGACAACUGCUGCGGCUCCGGCAGCUGGGGGUUUCAGCUUUGGCACUCCAGCUCCAGCCCAACCCCAACCUGCAACUAUGGCAGCCCCUGUACCAGCCGCAGCACCUGCAACAACAGCACCAGGUGGGCUUUCAUUCGGGGGGUUUAGCUUUGGAUCUAACAAAGUCCAGGCGACCACAGCUCCGGCUCCGGCUCCUGCUCCGGCUCCUGCUGCAGCUACAGGUGGGGGCUUCAGCUUUGGCACUGGUGCUCCCCCCACCCUCACCCUGGGCACCCAGCCCCAGCAAGUGGCUACUGCUGCAGCUACAACAAUGCAAGGUGGAGGAUUUCCCUUUGGGAUCAAACCCUCUACCACCCCAGCUCCUCCUGCAGCAACUCAGGCAGCCCCAGCAGCUAGCGCAUCUCUCUUUGCUACACCUAUCUCUGCAGUAGUAGCUUCUGGUGCUGCUGCAGCUGCUACAGCCACUGCAACAGGUACAGGCUUCUCUUUAGGAGUCGCCCCGACUCCAGCAGCAAGCACUGCUGCUGCUGCCGCUGCCGCUGCUGCUGCAGCCGCUGCUGCUGCAACUACCACAGCAGCAGGUGGUGGUCUCUCCUUCAUGCUCAAACCUCUGGGGGCAGCUGCUACCACCUCCACCCUUGCUCCUGCCUCUACCGCCACAGUUGCAGCCACCUCAGCAGGUAUUCCUACAGGCUUCACCCUGGGACUUAAACCCACAUCUGGCACAAGUGCCACAACAACCACUGCAGUUACAACGCUCACUACAACAACUGCUCCACCUGUGAUGACCUACGCUCAGCUGGAGGGUCUCAUUAAUAAAUGGAGUCUGGAGCUGGAAGACCAGGAGAGACAUUUCUUGCAGCAGGCGACACAGGUGAAUGCGUGGGACCGCUUGCUGGUGGAGAAUGGUGAGAAGAUCACAUCACUUCACAAGGAGAUGGAGAAGGUGAAGCUGGAUCAGAGGAGGCUAAACCAGGAGCUAGACUUCAUCCUGUCCCAACAGAAGGAGCUGGAGGACUUGCUCUGCCCGCUGGAGGAGUCUGUGAAAGAGCAGAGCGGAACCAUCUACAUGCAGAACGCAGACGAGGAACGUGAAAGAACGUACAAGCUGGCAGAGAAUGUGGACGCACAGCUGAAGAGGAUGUCUCAGGACCUGAAGGAGAUCAUUGAGCACCUGAACACAUCAAGCGGCCCAGCAGAUACCAGUGACCCGCUUCAGCAGAUCUGUAAAAUCCUCAACACUCACAUGGAUUCACUUCAGUGGAUCGAUCAGAAUUCAGUCCUCCUGCAGAGACGAGUGGAAGAAGUGUCCAAACUGUGCGACAACCAGCGCAAAGAGCAGGAGAAGACCUUUCGUUUAACAUUUGACUGAUCUAUAGUAAAUAACAUAGACAUGUAUAAUACAAAAUGCUAACUUUUGAUAUGUUUCUCUUUGGAAGAUCUAAAGAUGUCUUACAACAAAAUUCCUGUUAACUUCUUUUUUUCUCCUCUUGAUAUUUUCAACUUUUAUAGAGCAGUGACAUUUAUCUAUUCCCAUGUAAACACUUUGGGUGUUCAAAAUUAUACAAUAAAAUAAAUCUCUUGAUUAAG